ACAGCAGAGGCAGCAGACUGACCCGUUCUGCCACACAACGUUUCAGCCAGGCCACUGGCGAAGCUAACCGUAUUCGCGUGACUGGUGUAAAACAUGAGCCAGCAGCUUGUCGGGCUUGCCAACCGGCGGAUCUGUUCGAUCUUAAUACUCAGUUCAACAGAAUCUCAACUAAAACAAUACCCAACGUUGACUUCCUAGCGGAACUGCUAUGUGGUGGCUUCCUUGUUAGCGCCGAGCAACGAAAAUAACAGUAGCAUAGCUUGUUGCUAAUUAACGCAGUCACAAAUUGAGUGACACUAAUUUAUGCAUACAUGCUGCUGCGAGCUUUACGUGGCGUCCGGGAGACUUUAGUGUCGCUAGUUUAAUGUAAGAUUCCGCAAAAGGGUGACAAACGAUACUUAAUUAAAUCCUUUCGGUGUUUUAACUAAUUUGGAGAACUUUGCUAACCUAACUAGCAUUGCCUUAGCGGAGUGUUGUUCUGCCCUACGGUUGCCUCCGAUAUUUAGAAAAUUAAACGUAACUUCACGCAGAAUGUUAGACUUGUGAGCUGAUUAAAUAUGUACAUAAUUAACUACAAUUUGUGAUGAUUAUACAACGCACGAUACUAGUAAACACGACCAACUGCAACUAAUAGCUUCCUGCAGCCUGCCCCUAGUUUGCAUUAAUACACAACCCUGUUUCAAACGGUAACUUAUGUUGCUGAUCAUUCUCCUGAAGAGCCCAGGGCCUUUUCUAACAUUGCAUUAUCAUUGCUUUGAAUAGUAAACAGACUGCUGAGUAUCUCAGACAACUGUGUAUUACUCCUUUUGUUGUAUUAGUACAGCAUCAUAACUUUGGUGCAUUCUUAGGAACGAUGGACUGGGUGCUGCGCUACAAUGAUUAACUCUCUAAAUGGCUGCGAGAAAAUCUGGCUCAGAUGCAAACAGCUCUGGACCCAUCAGCUACCUUGAUGAAGUUCCCUUCAAGAUCAAUGAAAAAUUUCGCCGCCCAGACAAAGUGGGAUUACCUGUUGGAUUCUGUUUGCCAGACUAUGGCUCUUUGCUGCUGGAGACACAGUAUGACUUUUCUCUGGAGAGGCGUAGUGUGAGCUGGGGGGCUGAACUGGCUGAGGCUAGAGCAGCGGAGGCCAGAGCAGUAGCAGCCAAGCAGGAGGCAGAGAGCAGAGAUUGUUUAGCUCAGGCCCAGGAAAUUGAUGGUGGUGGAGGGAAGAAACCCCGUCCUGCUGCAGAGGACCAGGACCUUCCACCGCCUGCGUUAAACCCUGUCCUGGUGGGGCUGAGUCAUAAUGCCAUUCUUACUCCACUGCCUGCUCCAAGUCUUGGCCCCAGGAAAACCCAGCCUAGCACGCCUCAGCCAAACAGCCUCAAUCUAGCUGACUUUGAGCGUGAGGAAGACCCUUUUGACAAACUAGAGCUCAAAACGUUGGACGAUAAGGAAGAGCUCAGGAACAUCCUCCAGAGCCAGCCUCAGCCUCAACCUCAACCUCCUCCAUCUGUAUCCCCAGCAGAGCACGCAAAUAUAGGGUCAGCAUUACAUGGAAAUGGCUCGCCUCCUCCCAGCACCAACAACAACCUCGCAACUAAACCGGGCUUUAUCCAUAAACCAAAUGGGUUGGUUGCCUUGCUGGACACAGAAAGAGCUGGGCACCCUGGGAGAGCAGGGUUUGACACAGAUGACCGGCCAUGUAACAUCCGCUCUCUGACGUUUCCCAAACUCACUGAUACUGUUGACUCAGAUCCAGUCACGUACAACCCCCUUCCUGCGCCCGUCCCUGCUCCUAGACACUGCCUACCCAAUGGCAGUCCGUCAAUCAUCCCCAAGACCCAAGUUAACGUUGCCCCUACGCCACCCAGCUACCCCAACAGUAGUACACCAAAACCAGCCAGUGCAGGGUCGGGAUCUGCUGGUCUUCCGUGUGGUGGAGCCCUGCUCAGCAUGACCACCAAUGAGCGUGAGUGUGUGGACAGUCUUGUGAGCAUGGGUUAUCCUUAUGAGAGUGUCCUACGGGCCAUGCAAAGACAAGGGCACAAUAUGGAGCAGGUCCUGGAUUACCUUAUUUUAUUUGGACGUCUCUGUGACCACGGCUUUGACCCAAGUGCAGUGGAGGAAUGUUUGGAUGUGUAUCAAUGCUCAGAAGAAAAGGCCUUGCAGUUCCUUGAACUAAUGUCAAGAUUUAGUGAAAUGGGAUUUGAGCGGGAUGCCAUCAAAGAAGUGCUGCUGGUUCACAACAAUGACCAGGAGAAGGCACUAGAGGACCUGAUGGCUCGUGCUACAGGCAGCUGAGUCCAGCUGACCAAUCGACUAAAGCCCAGCCCAGGGCUCUCCUCCUGCUGCCACCCAUCACAGCCCCUUCUGCUUCCGCCUACUCUAUCAAACCAUGCCCCGCCCUUCCCUCGACCCUGGAAGGGACAACAGGGAGACUGUUGUAUUCCUCUCUCUGCUAAAAUGUGUUGUCUCAGCACUCCAUGAAGACUGUGGAUAGAGCGGAGUGGUUCAAAGUGUAAACCAUUUCAUGGUGAUAUUUAUUUUGCAAAGAAAUUCUGGGGGGAAUUUGAUACAAAAGGCGACCAAUGAUUAAGCUGGGAGAAAGAAACUGGAAGAACUGGGCUGCAGCGUUUUGAUGCCUUUGUGAUGUGCUUUCACGUGGACGUCUUUCUCAGACUACAGGCAGAGCUGCAGGACCAAAUGGGAAGCGUGUGACAGUGACUGCAUCACAGACAACCAGUAUGAACCUCUGUUGUUAACUGAGCUGCCAUUUUCCACUGCUCAGUGCAGACCUAGUGAGUCAUGGGGCAUCAUUGGGGCCUUUGGGACUCUUCAAACUGAAAAUAACAUUAAAAGUUUAAAAAAAAAAGACAGUCAACAGACAGAGGUCUUGACUUUUAAAAAGUGCCCUCUCUGCUCUGGUGCCGUGCCGGCGAGUUCUGGUCUACUUUGUGCUUUCACUUUGUUCAUGUCUGUUUCUGUUCUUUCGGGCACUUUUUCAUGUCAAUUUAAAGAUUUAGUUUCUUUUUUUAGGAACAGCACAGUAGUUAUUGUAACAGAACAGAAGAGAUACUACUGCCCCAGUAGGUCCCUUUGACCUGCAGUGGAUCAGCCUGCUAAAGGCGUGGGCAGAUAGAAAACAUUCUUUUCAUAGGAAGUAUUAAGAAAUAGCCCAUAACCCACUGGCACUGACGUGUCAAAUACUGCACAGACACAUGUUUCAUUGUUCUCACCUUAUUUAAAGUAGUACACUGACACUUUGACUUAAGAAUAAAGCAUUUGAUAUGGCAACGGAAGAUGUUAACGUACAAAAGCUCAGCUUUCAAAUGCCACAGACUUUGUUUGCAGACUGGAGUGAGUGAAUGAAAAAAUGAAAGUGAGGGUUGUUUUUUGCAGCCACAUCACGGUGCAAUAUAGACAUUUAAUAUAGUGUGGCUGUUGACUGGCACUUUGAGCCUCAAAUAAUUGUUGGGAGAUAAAGAAUAGAACCCGGAACUGUGGCUGUAACUAGAAAAGGAUUCAUUUUGGUCAAUUCUGUCAAUUAAUGUUAUUGGAUUUGAUGCAAACACGGAUUUUACUCAAACAUGAUGACUUUACACACCUUUUCCAAUUUGUGAUAUAUAAUUCAGUAAAGUUCAUUUUAAUUUUAGGUUUGUUGUUCUGAUCUCCACAGUCUGGAGUAAUGUCAAAAUGUUUGUCACCACAUACUAAAAGCAUUUCUCCAUAUCUUGGUUUGUUGUGUGCUUGAAAGACGGGCAGUAUGCUUUCUUUCGGUAGGGGUGGGGAGGUGGGGGGUCAUGCUGGUGUGUUAAUGGACCUACUUUUCAUCCUACAGAUUUUGACAGGUUGCCUAUUGCGUUGUUUAAAGGCAGAGGUGGCUGAUGCAUCUGUAAUAUUUAACUAUGUGGUACUGACUGAAAUCAUGAUUAGCAUAGCAACUGAUUCCAAAAUUAGCUGAAUGUGACUUGAUGCUCAUCUUGGUACAGAGCAAGUGAUUUCUCUGUAUUCCAGAAAUACAAAUGGAGCACAUCAACAGCCAAUUGAUUUCAGAAGAACACAGUGACAAUUAUGUUUCUUGUGUCGUUUUGUGGCAACUUUAUUUCACAUUAUUUGAAAAUGUUCACAACAAGGUAUCUGCUAAUAUACAGGACUACUCAAACCUGAUGGAUGGGCACAUGCUUAUAGUAAAUAAAACUUCCCCUGAUGACUGUGAUGCAAGCAAGGUGCCAUGUUAGGUCUUCUACCCACACUUCAACAAAUAUUUUACCUCUGGUAUGUGGUUGGCAAUGUAGUCUGCAAGUAAGAUUUCACCUAGUUCUGUUUUUUAUUGCCUUUUUAAUUUACUGUGGACAUUACAUUUAUCUUAAAGCAAACAAAGUGGUAUUAUUGUCUUCAUGCAAAACUCAUACAUAAGGUUUUAUUAAUCAUGCAGGUUGACCUUCUUUUGCCUGUCCCAUAAUAGCUCCAAUAGUGGGAAUAAAGAGUGGGGCAAUCCCUCCUUCUUAGUUAUGUGCUGAUUAAAUGAAAGAGUUGUUAUUAUAUAGGGGUUUGCGUCAAAGGUUUUAUAUACCUGUAGUUUUAAGCCACCAGGUAAUAGAACUAGUGAGAAGCGAAUGAACAUUAAAAUAUUCUGUUGGCUAAACCAUUAA